AUGUCUGUCCGUUACGAUGACCUCAACAAUGCUGAAACUCUCCUUAAAUUGUCAGUGGCUUUAAGAGACGAACAGUUCCGUAACGGUGAAGAAAUCAGCCAAAAUCUAAACGGUAUAAUUGAAGCACUGAAAACCAAUUUACAAAAUGGUACAGAUCAAGUAAAGUCCGAGACAUUAAAAGUAUUGAUCAAUUUGACAGCAGACAGCGAUAGAAACCGCUGCUAUCUUAUUUCGGACGAUCCAUUGAUCGUUUCCCUUUGGAACUCCGCUAUUGCCAUCUUCGCCUCCGGUAACUUUGAGUUGGGAAGGUUCACGUUGAUCUUGGUCUCUCAGUUUGUCCAUAAUACCAAUAACGACAGGAGGAACGUUGAGUAUCUUAGUAAGGAAUUAUGUCUAUUCAAUCCGUUGAUUCAGUUCCUUGGAUCUCACUCUGUGGAUUACGGUUGGAACGUGGAUAAUUGGAGGUUUGUGGUUGAACUGUUAGCAGAGAUCAUGAUGGAGUACCAAGACAUCAUCCGAGAGAAUGUUGCCUAUAAAAACAUCGAAUCCUUGGAUAUCUUGAUCAAAAUACUACGUGAACAUAUCGCGACGAGUGAAGACACAGAGUACUUGGACCACUUAAUUGAUUGUAUUACGGUGCUAACGUCGUUCACUGACUUCCCUGGAAUCGAUUCCAUAGACGCCAAUAAGAAUAUCUGUAUCUUGAUAUCUCGUGUGCCUACUCAUAUAAAAGAUGCUAUCAAGUUGAAACGGAAACUCUUUGCUAUCAGUGGUAGUAUCUCGUCCAUGACUUCGUUUGACAAUUUCAACGAUGUUCAAUUCUCCAUUGAAGCAGUCAAGAGUAUUCAUGAGUUCUCUGAUCCUUACUAUCUUGCUGCUUGUUUAAUCAACAUUGGUAACUACAUUAUAUCCAGCGAGAAAAGAGAUGCUGUCGAAGGUGCCAUUGGAAACACUCCAGAGGAUUUCAUCAGUGAAGUCUUUCAAAUCCGUUACAAUGACAUUGUACAACUUCAAUGCUUCCAUUUUUUAACCAACUUUUUGGCCCCUUCAACUGCCCACGCUGUUGUCGGGCAUCAUCUGCCAUUACUGGCAGUGGCCACGAUGAUCGUCACUAAUCAACAAUACUACCCUGAGGUUGUACGGGUGUUUGCCAAAUUCCUAAAGAAGUUGCUUACUCUUUCUGCUGGAGAUGAGGCAUGGAAAAAGUACGACCUUGAGUUCUGGAACGGGUUCAACCAAUUACAAUUGACACCUACAGAUGGCACUGAGCUUCAGUUACUUGCACUACAAAGUUAUUUAAAGCUAGGCCUAACCCAAAUUGAUCCAGCCUUAGCAGAAGUUUUGGUAAGCAAUGCAUUUUCAACAAAGACAUUGGCAGAAUCCAAGAAUAGAAGCAUUGAUUUCCCCUUCAUUCUUGUCAAAUUGAAAACAAUAGGAAUGCUAAACCACUAUAUUUUACAAUUACCCAAAGAACAAGUCCCCCUUUUCAUCAAGUCCCCCUCAAACUACGUUAGUGAUAUAACUACUAUAUUUGAAAUGAUGGAAACAAUAGCGAGUCAACUAUCAUCUGCUACCACUUCCUCACAACAACAUGCACAACAGAUCUUUCAAAAUGCCUUAGCAUUUACGGCAGGAACUACCCUUAACGUUCUCAACACAGUGCCAUUCCAAGACUUACCAGGCCCUCCAAGUCCAAAGUGGUCAUUGAUGGACAAAUGUAAGGCCAUUGUGAUACUACAAACCCCACCAUCACAAUAA